AUGUUUACCUUUAACUAUAACACUAAACGCAAAAAUGGUAAAAAUAAAAAACUCGUGGUCCAUGAUGAGCUCCAACGUACUGUUCAUCAUAGGGAUAAUAAUUUCAAAAUCAUUAAGAUCUACGAAACCCUGCCUCAAUUGUGGAACAUAAAACAUCCUGAGUAUAGUAAACGGUCCAGCAAACAGCGGCUCAUCGAACUAAUGUGUAAUCGUUUGCAAGAGGAAUAUAAUGUCCAACUGACAACAGAACGUUUAAAGAAUCGUCUUAUAGAACUUCGAGCCCAAUAUAGAGCAGCCAAAAAGCAACGUUUAAAAUGUGAAAAGAAUCAACAAACAUUUACAACCGAUUUAGAGUUUUAUGAUGCUUUCAAGUUUCUCGAUCCCCACAUAGAUCCCUUUAUAUGUGAGAAAUGCGAAAAAGAAUUUAAGAAAUUAACCGAUUACAACCAACACAUAAAAAAGGAACAUGAAAAGUCAUUGAAAGUGAAACCAGCUCCAUUAACUCUGUUACCUCUGGAACCGGGUGUAGAUACAAAUUUACAAAAUAUUUGUCACAUCUGCGGCAUUAAGUUUAGCACCCGCAGUAAUCUAGUGCAUCAUGUUCGCCGUCAUGAGGGUGUACGCAACUAUGAAUGCCCCAUGUGUCCGAAAAAGUUUUUUGCCUCCCAUCCGCUUAAAUUACACAUUAGGUCGCACACCAAAGAAUGUCCCUAUACAUGUGAAAAAUGUGGCAUGUCUUUUACUAGUGCCAGUAAAUUGAAUCAACAUGUCAAGAGACAUUUAGGUCGAAAAGACUAUCAAUGUGAUUAUUGUCCUAAACGUUUUUUUACGGGCUUUGAAAAGGAUCGUCACGAAAGACGACAUUUAAAUAUUAGAGAUAAAGUGUGUCCGAUUUGUGGAAAAACAUUUGUAAAGGGUUCUUCUUAUUAUGCACACAUGAUGCUGCACAGUGAUACGAAACGCUUUGAAUGUGAUGUGUGUGAAAUGAAAUUUGCCCAAUAUGCGGGACUGUAUAAACAUAAAAAGAAAUAUCAUCCAUCGUAAGCUAUUUAAGGAUGUGAAUUAUCAGACCUAUAAAGUGACCUUUACUUUGUUUUAUAUACUAUAUAAUCUAGGAGUUUUUCUGCAUUUGGUUUGAAAACCUUCUUUUUCUGUUGUUAAAAAAAUGUGAAUUUUCAAACCCAUUGUGCAGUUUUCAAAAAUUUUUAGAAAAUUAUUUAUAAUUUUUUUAAAUAAAUUUUAGAUUAAUUUACUAAUAAAUGUGCAAUAAAUACAAAAUA